CCUCAAAGUGAAAAUUACCAAACGCACAUUUCAAACCUUUCAUUUGCACAGAUUUCCCGCUCUCUCUGACCCGACGGUAGCCAACUUCACUGAACCCCCCAAAAUCGCUCUCAGAGAAUCGUUGCUUGCUUCAUCUUUAUUUUUGCUUUUCUCAAUAUUUAUUUAUUUUAUCAUCAUUUCCUUCAAAAAUGAAACCUAACCGCAAAGUCAAGAAACCAGACGCAUCGUCCAAGUUGAUUUUGGAAGAGAUUAUCGGAUUGACUGCGAAAAAUUGCAAUGGUUUGGCUUCGAAUACUUCAACUACCAAGUGCGCUUAUGUGGCAGGAUGUGUUGUGGUGGUUUACGAUGUGGAUGCUGGCACUCAGUCGCAUCUCAUGGUGUCUCAUCGCAUGCCAAAACCUCUCAGCUGUGUUGCCAUGUCAUGUGACGGUCGUUUCAUAGCUGCUGCAGAGUCAGGGCCUCAACCUUCAGUGUUAGUGUGGGAAUGUGCCAAUCUGACUUUUAUAUCUGAACUGAAAGGUCAUCUAUAUGGUGUUGAGUGCAUUGCUUUUUCGCCAGAUGGGGAACAUCUGGUGUCCGUUGGAGGGUACAUUUACCUUUGGAAUUGGAGGAAUGCGGUGUUGGUUACCAAGCUUAAAGCAAAUUCAUCUUGUUCUGCCAUUACAUCUGUGACUUUCUCAUCAGAUGCAAAAUUCAUUGUUACUGCUGGAAAGAAACAUUUGAAGUUCUGGACAAUUGGAUCAUCUUCAAGGACUCGUUUAAACAAAGGGAUAGAAUUGCUAACAAUUCAUGCGAAGCCUGUUAAUCUUUGUCUUUCUAAGGGAAGUUCAUUUGUAUCUGUCACAUCGCCCAGCAGGACUAAGGACAAUGUUGCUAAUCAUAAACAGGCUACUGAAAUGAUUACUAUAUAUGCACUGACUGAUGAAGGUGUUUUACAUCUUAUACGAUCUGGGUUAUCAGUAACAAAAUCAGCUGAUUUGAAGGUUGAAAAAGCUUUUGGACUAUCUGCAUCCAACAAGUUAAUUGCUUGUGCCUGCAGUAAUGGAGCCGUGCAACUUCUCACUAUUGAGUCUCUCAAUUAUUCUGGAACGCUACACUAUUCAAUGCCCAAAAGGUGCAAUGGGGAAAACACUGCUGGAUUUGAUUUUCAACUUGUCCCUACUCUUCCUGAUGCAAUUGCCUGUCAGUUCUCAACCUCAGAAAAGCUUGUGGUUGUCUAUGGUGAUCAUAGUUUAUAUAUAUGGGACAUUAAUGAUGUGAAUGAGGCUACCAGAUGCUUUGUUCUAGUUUCACAUUCUGCAUCAAUAUGGGAUAUCAAGAAUCUCUGUUGUGAAAACAUGCACGAUCCAUCUCUAGCAUGUGUAGCUAGGGGAUGUCCUGGUGGAGUUUCUUUUUCAACAUGCUCAGCUGACGGUACUACUAGGUUAUGGGAUCUUGUCUUGCAACCUGACUCCUUGGAAGACAUGAUUGGUCACGGUUCUUCAAAUAUUGAACCAAUGGGCACUGCACAUUUUGUAAGUGCAGGGAUUUUCGAACGGGAUACAAUGGAGACAGGUGUUAGGACCCAAGGAUUCCGAUCAAUGGCAGUUAGUUCAGAUGGAAAGUACCUGGCUGCUGGUGAUUCUGAGGGAAACCUCCAUAUCUAUGAUCUAACAUCUUCUGAUUAUACGUGUUUGAAGGAUGUUCAUGAUGGAGAGAUCCUCACUUUGAGCUUCAGCUUGUUAAGCAAAAAUGAUUUUAGCUCUGAAGAUGGUAUGGACGGCCAUUACUUUCUUGCAUCUGGUGGAAGGGAUCGAACAAUUCAUCUUUAUGAUGUUAAAAGGAAUUUUGACCUCAUUGAAACUAUUGAUGACCAUUCUGCUGCUGUGACUUCUGUGAAAUUUACCUGCAAUGGCUGUAAGAUUCUGAGUUGUAGUGCUGAUAGGUCCCUGGUGUUUCGUGACAUUGCUGCAAUAGAUAGUGCUUAUAAGGUCUCACGUUGCCAUCAUCAAUUGGCAUCUCAUGGAACCGUAUAUGACAUGGUUAUAGAUCCAACAAUGGAAAUUGCUGUUACAGUUGGGCAGGACAAGAAGAUAAAUUCGUUCAAUGUUGCUUCUGGUAAGCUUAUUAGAUCGUUUAAGCAAGAUAGAGACUUUGGAGAGCCAAUAAAGGUUGCAUUGGACCCAAGUGGCAGUUACCUGAUUUGCUCCUACUCUAACAAAUCUAUCUGCUUGUAUGACUUCAUUAGUGGAGAGAUGGUCACACAAGCCAUGGGGCAUGGCGAAGUCGUAACUGGUGUUAUUUUCUUACCUGAUUGCAAGCACAUAGUUUCUGUAGGUGGUGAUGGUUGUAUUUUUGCAUGGAGAGUGCCUGCUCGUUUAGUUUGUAAGAUGCUGCAGAGAGUGAAGGAAAAUUGUGGCGUAUUGUCACCAAGAAACUUCCCUCAGCCAGUUGCUUUAAGUCAAAUCAUGUUUUGCAAAGAGGAAGACCAGAAAGGCGGAAUAAAUAGCAAACACAUGCACUUGAUAGAGAAUUCCGAAGGAGGUGGACAAAGGGUGCGCUAUCACGAUUGUGAACCCCGAGCUACUCCAGCAUUUAGAUUUAGCAUUUCCAGACUUCCAAAGUGGGCACAAACCAAAGUAACUAGCCCUGAAAUUGUCCCCUGCAAUCUUGAAUUCCCUUCAUCUCAGCACAAGCAGAAAGUAGAACCAAAAAAUUUCUCCCCAUUGGUUAGUGAUUAUGCUUCUUCUGUGCACCCUGAAAAUCAAACUCCAGUUAAUCAUGGUUGCGGAGAUAGCAAUUCAUGCCUCAGUAGCUUGUCCAGAAGUUCUUGUGAUGGUAGUGACAGCCAAGGUUCAUCUUUGGCGCAAGGAAAUGCCAGCAAUUUUGCUAGGGACACACGUUGGCAAUCUGUUUAUACCGUUUGCUUGGAUUUUCCAAAAUCCCCAGAGGUGCCGAGUUUAAAGGACGCGAAGAUGCCAUUGUCAACCCAAAAUUUGUGUGUCAACACAAACAAAGAUCCGUGUCCCAAUUAUAUUGGCUUUCUAUGCGAUGAGAUAAUAGCCGACGUGGCAGAGCAGUUGGCAUCAAAUAAACCUGAGGUGCAAUCAAACAUCGAUGGCAAUGCAUGCCACAUAAACUCUGAACAUAGUGAUCUAUUCCAGCAGCAUUUCGGCAGUUUAUCAACGUCAAGUAAGAGAGAGAAAAGGAAAUCAACUAUGAGACGAAGAAUCUCUGCACGGUACGUUGUGCGGCGGGACUAUGAUGGGGGCUGCAAAGGACUUUUUGACACACGUCUCUGGAAUUCAGGAGCUAAUACUUUGACCUCUGGAGAAAAGUCUGCCCCCAGCUGUACAAUAGAGAGUCCAGCAUUCUCCGUGAUAGAUCAGCAUUCCCCUAAUAAACAGGAAUCAACUAAAUUCCCAGUUGAGGAGAGUUCGUCGGACACUAAUGAAUUAGUCUACGCAGCAGACCAAAAGAAAAUUAUUCCUCAAAGAAACGAAUUGGUGGCAGGAAUAACAGAAUGCAAGAAAGCUUUACAGAAUCUGGACCGUUCAGCUGAGAGUGUAGCAGAGUUAUUUUCAAAAUUAGGAACCAUGGCUUCCAGAGAAGAGCUGUCAAGUGGACCUGGAGCUCAGUUAUGGGAUGAAGCAGCUCAGCUGCUUUCAUCAAUUGCAGAGAAAAUCAGCGAAGUAGCAAAAGCAAUUCAAUGUAGAAACGAAGAUUUAUCCGGGAGAAGUUGAACGGAAGUUUCAAAAUUUGAACCUCUGAUGGGAAAAUUUGGUCCGAGUUUACCCCAAAAGAUUUGAACAAUGCCCUGACUACCAUGCUUGAAAUUUGUAAAUAAUGAGAUAUGUAGAUAUCCUGCUUCCUCUUCUGUUUCUGAGAGAACCGCAGGUCAAUUUUGUCGUGCUAUAAGCGAAAGUGGGAAUUUACAGAAGCCUCGGAAAAUCAGGAGACUCCCAGGUUGGGUUGGAUUGCAAUCGAGUCGGUUUGGGCCACGUUUGCUAUUCGGCUCUUUUAAACUCGAGCUUUAUCAAGCUUGAUUUCGACUUGACAUCAACAUCAGAAAGAAAUCAGAAGGGCCUAUGGUAUGGUUCUAGAUGGUGGACCAUUUAAGCCCGUUUUGAGAUAACAUACGGGCUUAAAGCAACCAAACAUUUCCCAAAUUGAGCACAAGGCUAGUCCUUGGUCCUGAUUUAAGUGAAGAAAUCAGAAGCAUUGAACUGUAGCACUGGAAUCAACAUGGUUGGGCUUCAGCCUUCAAAAGAAACCUCACAGAAAGAAAGGGUAUUUUUUUUUUUUUUUUUGGAUCUUUCCUGUAUGAACGCUCUUUUCUUUCAUGAACAUCCUUUUCCAAAGCAU